AUGCAAAAACCGACUAAACUAUUUACAAAUUCAACAGGAAGAAAUACUGACAUCUAUUAUUUCUUCCCAAAUGAGCUUCAAUUCUGCACAUAUGAUUCUCUUUUCAUUAUUGAUGGCAAAGAAAUCAAGCCACAACUUCGUGCCAAAGAUGAAGCAAAGAAAGAGUUUGAAGAAGCUGUAAAUGCAGGUCAUAUUGCUAUGUUUGGUGAAGAUUUAGGUAAUGGCCUCAAUUGUUUCCGAUUAGGCAAUCUUCCUGCAGGUAAGACAGCUGAAAUCCAUCUCAAAGUAUCAUUUUUAGCAGAUAUUAACGAAAACGGCUACUUCUACAAAUUCCCUCUCACUCAUAAAUACCAGCAAGGAUCUGUAACAAAUGAUUACUCAGAUAAACCAGAAUCAUUUCAUUUCUCAACAUCAAUCAUGACUCAAAAAGAAAUGAGUAAUGUGAAAGUGUCUGUCAACGGAACAACAAAUGUUAUUGACUCACAUAAUGCCACAUUUGUUACAAAUGACACACCAACAAAGGACGCAAUAAUUAUUGAAACUCAAAUCAAGGAUAAAGAUAAAAAUAUUGCUAUUUCAAGCGAUGGAUAUAUUGCAAUCACUACAUAUCCAAGCUUUGAAGGACCAAUUACCUCAAAUUCCGAAUUUUAUUUCAUUGUUGACUGCUCAGGUUCAAUGACUGGUUCUCGUAUUUUAAAAGCUAUUGAAUGCAUGCGCAUGUUCAUUCAGUCGCUACCUGUUGGUUGCAGAUUUUCCAUUAUUAAAUUUGGAUCUAAUUUUCAUACAAUUUUAAAGUCAUGUGAUUACACAGAUAAAAAUUUAGCCAAUGCAAUGCAGUUACUUUAUACAAUCAAUUCAGACAUGGGUGGAACAGAUAUUUAUUCACCAUUAAAAUAUGUUUCAGAUAUUAAACCAAAGAAAGGAUUUGUUAAACAGAUCUUUUUAUUGACAGAUGGGGAAGUACAAGACUCAGACGAGAUUUGCGCAAUGGCAUAUAAAAACAGAUCAAAUAAUAGAAUUUUCUCGAUUGGUCUUGGCUCUGGUGCUGAUCCUGGACUCAUAAAAGGAAUUGCGAGGAAGAGUGGUGGAAACUAUACAAUCAUAGGUGAUAAUGAUAACUUGAACCAGAAAGUUAUUGAAAUGCUUUGUUCAGCAAUUUCUCCUGCACUUUGCAAUAUUACAAUACAGAGUAAGAGCAAACAAACAGAGAUGUGGCCUUCUCCCUGCCCUCCUCUUUUUCCAAAGAAUCCACAGAGUUUCAUUGUCAAAUCAUCUUUCACGGAAAAUAUUCUUAUUAGUGGUAGUUUAAUUAAAGAACAAGUUGAUAUUGUUGUUCCUGUUUCUCCUCUUGUUGAUAAUCUUGGAUUACGCCAAUUAUUCAGCCGCUAUAUCAUUGAUGAUUAUGAAACACAACUUAUUCUUAAAAAUGACGACAAAAUUAAGAAGAAAUGCAUCGAUUUAUCUCUUUCAUCUGGUGUACUUUGCAAAUUCACAUCAUAUAUCGGUGUUGAUGAUCAGUCACAUGUUCGAAGACUAUAUUUGAAUUUAUGUACUUCAAUUUGUCGAGGUGAGUCUUUAACAAAUUAUUCUGAAAUUGCAACAAAUGACCACAUCAUAGAAUUUGAUGAAAUGUCAUUAUCCAGAAAGAUUGCUGAAAUUCGAAAUAGGAGAAGCUCAAAUUCAUUAGAGCAUCAAAUCCAUGACCAAAAGGUUGAUGGAUCCUGGAGUGAUUUCGGCGAAAUUGAUAAAGAUAUUGAAUCUAGGUACGGACAUGUUGUUGCCUCUACAGUUGCAGCAAUAGCAUUCAUCAGAAGAACAUUCAAGGAUCGUUUAUUCGAGUUCACUCUUAUUAUAAAGAAAGCUCUUGACUUCCUCAAGAAGCAGGAUAAGAAUGUUGAUUGGGAAUCUAUUAUCAACAAAUUCGUUUAA